AUGACACAUAAGAAGCAGAAGAAGGAGAUGAGCGAUUCCGAGAAAAAGACAUUCAAUGAAGAUUCGAAACAUUCGAUACUUGCCGUGGACCUGGUAAGAUUGAUCUUGGAACGCUUGAGCUUUGUUGAUUUUCAUCGAGCGAGAUGCGUUUCUUCAAUAUGGUAUAUUGCUUCCAAAACAGUCAUUGGAGUAACAAAUCCAACAACUCCAUGGCUCAUCCUAUUUCCAAAAGGAGAUGUGGAAAUAAAAAAAGAUUCAUGUAAGUUGUACGAUCCUCAUGAAAACAAAACCUACAUAGUAAGAGACCUCGGGUUUGAUUUAGUUACGAGUCGUUGUUUGGCUAGUUCCGGUAGCUGGUUCCUUAUGUUAGACCAUAGAACUGAAUUUCAUCUUUUGAAUCUGUUUACUCGAGUGAGGAUUCCUCUUCCGUCUCUAGAAUCAACCCGUGGCAGCGAUAUUAAAAUAGGCAAUGCGGUUUUGUGGGUAGAUGAACAAAGGAAAGAUUACUUGGUUGUUUGGAAUAUCUCUAGCCUUUUUGGAUAUCACAAGAAAGGAGAUGAUAGGUGGAAAGUGUUUAAACCUUUAGAGAAUGAACGUUGCAUCAUUGCUAUGGUGUUUAAAGAAAACAAGCUUUACGUUCUUAGUGUAGAUGGAAACGUCGAUGUUUUUUAUUUCUCCGGUAAUGAUUCUCCAGUGAGAUGUGCAACUUUGCCAUCUUCGCCAUUGCGGAAGGGUCAUAAAGUUGUUGUCACUUUGUCUGGAGAAGUUUUGAUCAUUGUAGCUAAAGUGGAACCAUAUCCUAGGACGAGAUUAUGCUUCUUCGCCGUCUACAAGAUGGAUCCUAAAUCAUCAAGAUGGGAAACGAUUAAGUCUCUAGCAGGCGAAGCAUUGAUUUUAGAUCUAGGAAUAACGGUUGAGGCGAAAGUGAUGAAAAAUUGCAUAUAUUUUAGUAAUGAUCAGUUUCAUAGAUACAAUGAGAAUAGUCUAUGGAAUGUAUCUAACAAGAGCGGUGUCUUCGUCUACCAUUUUCGAUCUGCUAAUGUGGUCCAAUUGGUUGAACUUCUUACUGCUUCUUCCAGGACCUCGAAAAUACUUUUCAAGGAUGCUCGUUGUUUUUUUCCCACUUUUACUUCAAAAUGGUUGCUUUAA